AUGAGCGAGCUAUCAUACAAUAUCAUAUACGCCUUUGCCACCUCACCCGAGACUGGCAACCCCGCAGCGGUCGUGCUCCUCCCGCCCGCGCCGGAACAUGCGGACCUCACUGCCCUUGCCUCGCUCUACCCGCCAGAUAAGGUCCUCCAAGCCACAGCCGCCAAGGCAAAUCAACCCAUGACCGCCUUUGCGCUCCCCUUGCCUAGCAAAUCAUCCACCAGCCGACUGUCCUACCCGCUGCGAUGGUUCAAUCCCGUCACAGAGGCGUGGCUUUGCGGGCACGCAACCAUGGCGACCUCGGCGCUGGUAUUUGAACAGCAGCCUCAGGUGGAGGCUAUAGAGUACACGACAAUGAAGUAUGGGGUCAUUCGUGCAUUAAAGGGGAGCCAGGAUCGGGAGGUGAUGAUGGAUUUCCCGGAGAUUACGGAUAUCAAGCCAGUCCCGUUGGGCGAGUGGACAAAGGUGCUGGAUGUGAUAGACGAGGCGGGUACCGGACUGGAUCGCAGCGCAGUCCUGGAGGUGUGGGACAGUGAGGACCGGAUGCUAGUGGAGAUGAAUGGGGAGUUUGAUCUCGCCAAUCUCCAGGUGGACUGCAAGAAGAUGGCGUCCUUGGCUCCAAAGACCUUCAUCCUCACCCAAGUCGUGCAAGAUAGCGGCGCGGAGGAACAGAUCCGGUCCCGGGUUUCCGUCAUUGUACCUGGGUAUGAGCACGAGGACUCAGUUACGGGGUCGGCGCACUGUCUAGUGAUCCCGUACUUCCGAACUAAUCCCGCUGCACAAGCUCGACUGCAAGCCUCCAGUCCCAUCCGCAAAGACACCGAGGGUAACAAUCUCAUCCAUGUCCACCAGGUCAGCCCGAGGGGUGGCAAGUUGCAGGUGUCAUGGCGGCGAGCAGAGGGGACGGUGAGGAUAGCAGGUCGUUCCGUUUUCUAG